AUGCCUCCCGCAAAAUCAUCCCGCAAUCACGACGACAAGGCGGACACACCCAACUCCAAGGAAAAGGGUGGAAAUGGCCAUACCUCAACGAAGAUGCGUCGCAACGCCAGCCAACAGAACCACUCUCACCUUCGCGAAGUCCAAAAUGCUACGGCCGCUGCUCCCCCUCAACCACCAGCCGAGCCUUCUCCCCCUAGUCUGCACUGGGCCUCCUUCGACCGAGAAAUCCUCCAUGCCUACCGUCGUGAGCAUCGCUUGAACACGCCGAGCUCAUUCUCGAGCCCAUACUGCCAAUGGAUACUUUCGCAGCCGAAUGGCAUCGGCAUCCAUUCUCCAACAAUGGUUCGACGCCGACAAGCUCGUCGCCAGAGCAAAGACCAGCUGGCACUCGCCGUGCGUAAACAUUUUAAUGGAAUGGGCGUGCAAGAGAACGACGUAAUAGUCGAUUUUAUUUACAAGAUUCGCCACGACCCUAGUCGCAUCUCAAAACCACACACCGGAGGCAAGACCCCGACUUUUGCAAAAUAA